UAUAUUUGACCACUAUUUGACUUUGAAAUAAUGUUGGAACUUUGUAAAAUCGACUAUAUAUAGAAGUUGAAAACAAUACUUUGUUUCUGUCCGUGAUUCGAACAAAAGCCGGUUUUUUUGUGAAUUAGGCUGGAAUUAGGUGAACCUCUGGGAACCAGUUAACUUGUUAAAUGCCCGUCCGACCAACUAUGAUUUGUUUAUAUUUUGUUUAUUGUUAUCUGUGAGGAUUGACAUCUGGACAACAAAAGAGUUACAGUGGAGUAAGUGGAGUUAUGUGUCAAAUUGUGAAAUCAAAUGAUGUGUAAAUAGAAAACUUUGUUGCCGAUAAGCUGCAAAAAGCGCCUUUCUUUUAAUUACUCAUCUGUUUAUUUUAUAGGUAAUUUAACUAUUAUCUGACCAGAAAUUGAAGCUGUAGUUUGUGAAUAUUCGUCGACUUCGACAAUGAACAAUGAUACGAGCGACAUACCCACUGAAAAUAAUUUAGAUUCCGUCAGAGAUACCCAGCAGAUAGACUUGUUUAAUUUGAUUGGAGGGAGUUGGCCACCUGCACCUCCUGAGCCUCAGUCCACUGAGUAUGGAUCAUUGCACCGCAGUUACAAACACACUAUGCAGCGAUCAUCUCAGAAUGAGCGAGUUAAAUCUGUGAACCUGUUGGCUCACAUAGCACCAGAUAGAAGAAGAAAAAUCCUUCCUAAUACACCACCUACAAAACAUACAGCCGGAGAAGAUUCAAGACAGAAAAUGGUUCAUGAACCUAAGAAAAUUGAAACAGGCAUUUUAGUUGAUAUAUGUAACGCGGAGGCCGCGCUACCGCCUGAAGAGCUAUAUGACUCGCCGGCGCUGGGGUCGCCGCGAGCGGCUCCUCCGCCCUCGAGACCCUCUCCAGUACAUGUGCCUGAAGAUAUCGGAGUCGGGUCUCUAGUGGAAGUCGCUACCGAUGUAGACCAACACUAUUAUGGCGUAGUCAGAUGGAUUGGAGUUAUUGAUGAUACAGCCACAGCGGGUGUGGAACUAGAGCAGAGUGUGUGCGGUCUGGGCGAUGGCAACCGCGGCGGGUCUCGGCUGUUCUCGUGCGCACCGGGCCGUGCGCUGUUCGUGCCGCUCCCGCUAUGUCGGCGGGACGCGCGCUUCCGUGACACACCGCCGCCAGACUGCUCAGAUUUAAAUGAUACCGAGAAUUUUGAUCAGCCGGACUGUCCCGUGGUCCCAGGAGUGGUUCCUCCGCUGAGCUCCCUGGGCGAGCUGGCCGGCAAGAACCGCGGCAUCCAGGGCCACCACAACUCGUGCUACCUCGAUGCUACACUGUUCGCUAUGUUCACCUUCACCAGCGUGUUUGAUGCACUUUUAUAUAGACCGCCGGAACCAGAGGAUUCUCCUCACUAUUCGGAAGUCCAGCGAGUUCUUAGGGAGGAAAUCGUGAAUCCAUUACGAAAACACGGCUAUGUACGCGCUGAUCGUGUAAUGAAGUUACGGACUUUACUCGAACGGCUUUCCGAUGUACCUGGUCUUACAUCAGAAGAGAAAGACCCAGAAGAGUUCUUAAACGGUUUAGUAGCACAACUAUUACGAACAGAACCAUUUCUGAAGCUGUCAUCAGGCCAAGAAGCGUACUGCUACCAACUGUUCGUAGAGAAAGAUGAACACGUUUCGUUGCCCACCGUGCAACAACUGUUAGAACAAUCGUUUACUACAUCUGGAGUCAAACUAAGCGAGGUCCCAGCAGCUUUUAUAAUCCAAAUGCCCAGAUUUGGAAAACAAUACAAACUGUAUCAAAGAGUUUUACCUUCACCCCUAUUAGAUGUCACGGACCUAAUUGAAGGCUUGCCGCGGCAGUGCACGGUGUGCGGGUCCCUGGCGCGCUGGGAGUGCGCGGCGUGCGCGGGCGCGGCGCUGGAGGCGGGCGCGCUCUGCGACACGUGCCGCCGCCUCGCGCACGCCUCGCGCCCGCACCACAAGGCCACACCCCUUACUGUGAGUGAAGAAUUCGCCAACAUUCUGGAAUCGUGUCCGGUCCCGAGGGUGUACAUGGAGUUAUUUGCGGUGCUGUGCAUCGAAACUAGUCAUUACGUCGCGUUUGUCAAGGCUGGCGUGGGCCACGAAGCACCCUGGUGUUUCUUUGAUUCAAUGGCUGAUCGAAAAGGUGAGCGUAACGGCUACAACAUCCCGGAGAUCGUGUGCAUCUCGGAGCUGGGCGCGUGGCUGAGCGAGGAGGGCGGGCGCGCCGUGUCCGCGCCGCCCGACCGCGCGCCCGCGCACGCCCGCCGCCUGCUCGCCGACGCCUACAUGUGCUUCUACCGCAGCCCCGACGUCGCCAUGUACCGAUAGCCAACACUAUCACACACUUGCUUACUCCUAGCCGACUGCACGAGAACGAUAGUCAGCCGACAGGAAUAUAGACUUAUAAACAACUACAAUCGUUAUAAAUUCCAUGGACUCAAGGUACAUUUUUGCGUUUAGAACAGUUAUUCGAUAUGAAAGAAAGUUUAAAGUAUUAUAAUUUCCGCAUUUAAAAAAUGUUGAAAAACUAAAAUCCUAGAACAAUGCAGACUACUAUUAAA